AGUGUUGAGGCAGCUCUCAUCACUCGGACAGUUUGUCGUGUUUGUGCAGGUUGUUUUAAAUCUGCCUUCUUAUGGAUCUGAUCUCUGCUUGUGAACGGGCGAUGACUCCUGUAGGUUUGGGUGCCAAAGUGGCAGACCUGGUCUCCGUGUCCCCGAACGCCACUGCAGUGGGAUCUCCGGGUAUCUCCAUGGCAACCAGAACCCUUAUCCUGCUUGUCUGUCUUCUCUUGUUUGCAUGGAGCCACAAAGACAAGAAAACUGUGCCAGGUCCUUCUUUCUGUCUGGGUUUGGGGCCACUUCUGUCAUAUGUGAGAUUCAUUUGGACCGGUAUAGGCACAGCCAGCAACUACUACAACAACAAGUACGGAGACAUUGUCAGAGUCUGGAUCAAUGGAGAGGAGACCCUCAUUCUCAGCAGAGCAUCAGCGGUGCACCAUGUACUGAAGAAUGGACAUUAUACUUCACGUUUUGGGAGCAAGCAGGGACUCAGCUGCAUGGGCAUGAAUGAAAGAGGCAUCAUAUUUAACAGCAACAUACCUCUGUGGAAGAAGAUUCGCACCUACUUCACCAAAGCGCUGACAGGUCCGGGCUUGCAGCAGACAGUUGAGGUUAGCAUCUCCUCCACACUGACUCACCUGGACGACCUGGAGAGUUUGGACCAUGUGGAUGUUCUCAGUUUGCUGCGCUGCACCGUGGUCGACAUCUCGAACAGACUCUUCCUGGGUGUACCUGUCAAUGAAAAAGAGCUGCUGCUGAAGAUUCAGAAGUAUUUUGACACGUGGCAAACUGUGCUGAUCAAACCAGACAUUUACUUCAAAUUUGACUGGAUUCACCAGAGGCACAAGGCAGCGGCCCAGGAGUUGCAAGAUGCAAUAGAAAGCCUUGUAGAACAGAAGAGGAGAGCUAUGGAGCAGGCAGAUAAGCUGGACAACAUCAACUUCACCGCAGAGCUCAUAUUUGCACAGAACCAUGGUGAACUGUCUGCGGAGAAUGUGAGACAGUGUGUGCUGGAGAUGGUGAUCGCGGCACCAGACACUCUGUCCAUCAGCCUGUUCUUCAUGCUGCUGCUCCUCAAACAGAAUCCAGAUGUGGAGCUGCAGCUGCUUCAGGAGAUAGACACUGUUGUAUGUGAAAGACAGCUUCAGAACGGGGACUGUCAGAAGUUGCAGGUGCUGGAAAGCUUCAUCAACGAAUGCUUGCGCUUCCACCCUGUGGUGGACUUCACCAUGCGUCGAGCCCUAUCUGAUGACAUCAUAGAUGGCUACAGGGUACCGAAGGGCACAAAUAUAAUUCUGAACGUCGGCCACAUGCACCGGACAGAGUUUUUUCUCAAACCCAAUGAAUUCAGUCUGGAAAACUUUAAAAAAAAUGCUCCCCGCCGUUACUUCCAGCCGUUCGGUUCGGGCCCUCGCGCCUGCGUUGGCAAGCACAUCGCCAUGGUGAUGAUGAAGUCCAUCCUAGUGACGUUGCUUUCCCAGUACUCUGUUUGCCCUCAUGAGGGCUUGACCCUGGACUGCCUCCCACAGACCAACAACCUCUCCCAGCAGCCAGUUGAGCAUCAGCAGGAGGCCGAACAGCUCAGCAUGAGAUUCUUACCCAGACAGAGAGGAAGCUGGCAAAAACUCUGAGACUCUGAACUUUAGCUGAACCUAUACAUUUAUACAGAAUAUAUACAUAUAUAUGAUCUCCAUUACUUCAUUUAUAUUAUCGCAUGACUGUACAAAGCUAAGUUUUAUAUUUUGGUAUGCAUUAAAAAAUUACUGUUUUUCUACUUGAA